AUGUCUUUCAAAAUUGUUUCCAAUUCUUCAGGCUCACCCAGUGAUCCUACCUUCAUCCUGGGCUGCGCUCCUUGCAAUGUGAUCUGCUCCAUUAUUUUCCAGAAUCGUUUUGAUUAYAAAGAUAAGAAUUUUCUUAACUUGAUGGGRAAAUUUAAUGAAAACUUCAAGAUUUUGAAUUCCCCAUGGAUGCAGGUCUGCAGUGCUUUCCCUGCUCUCAUGGAUUUUCUCCCAGGGAGUCACAACAAAGUAUUUAAAAAUUUUGCUUACAUAAAAAGUUAUGUUUUGGAACAAGUAAAAGAUCACCAAGAAUCCUUGGACAUAGACAAUCCCCGGGACUUCAUUGAUUGCUUCCUGAUCAAAAUGAAACAGGAGAAGCAAAAUCAACAGUCUGAGUUUACUAUUGAAAGCUUGUUGGCUACUGUAACUGACAUGUUUGUAGCUGGAACAGAAACAACAAGUACCACCCUGAGAUAUGGACUACUGCUCCUGCUGAAGCACCAAGAAAUUACAGCUAAAGCCCAGGAAGAGAUUGAACAUGUGAUUGGCAGACACCGGAGCCCCUGUAUGCAGGACAGAAGUCACAUGCCCUACACAGAUGCCGUGGUACAUGAAAUUCAGAGAUAUAUUAACCUCAUACCCAACAAUGUGCCCCAUGCAGCSACCUGUAGCAUUAAAUUCAGAAACUACAUUAUCCCCAAGGGGACAGACUUAAUAACAUCACUGACAUCUGUCCUGCAUGAUGACAAAGAAUUCCCUAACCCAGAGACUUUUGACCCUGGCCACUUUCUGGAUGAGAAUGGCAACUUUAAGAAGAGUGACUACUUCAUGCCUUUCUCAACAGGAAAACGUAUGUGUGUGGGAGARGGCCURGCCCGCAUGGAGCUGUUUUUGUUCCUGACCACCAUUUUACAGAAUUUUAAGCUGAAACCUGUGAUUGACCCCAAGGACAUCGACACCACCCCCAUUGCCAAUGCGUUUGGCCGUGUGCCACCUUUGUACCAGCUCUGCUUCAUUCCUGUCUGAAGAAGGGUUACUGGCUGCUGCUAUGCCAUCAUCACCUGCCACUUCUCCUCCUUGGAGGCAUCAUCCCCCCAUUCUCUCAGGGAUACCUCCUCUCAGCUCUCCCUCACAUCCCCAUCCCCUCCUGAUCCAGGGAACAUGCAGCCUUCAUUAAGGAAAGUUUCCUGGGUCACUGCAUAAAUAUAUCUGCUAUUUCCUGUACUCUGUAACUCUUGCAUCGACCACCACAGGUUCUAAUACUCAGUUACUAACAUGUUAUCAUGGUAAAACAGCACAAUAACUAGUCUGUGACAAUUCAGAGCCAUGAAUUCUCUGCAUGUUUUGAAUAAAAA